UUGUUGAGAGCGGGCGGCCGGCGCCUGGAGGCUAACGGACGCCCGCCCGGCCGCGGCCGCUGCCCGGUGCCCGCCAGCGGCGGCGGAGGCCGCCUCGCUGCGCCCUCUCGGAAAUUGGAAGAAUCAUCAUUUUUUGAUGUGAAGACUUCGUCACCGACAUCUAUAGGUUCAGUUGUUAGCCUUCAAGAAAUACUACAGCUCAUCAGUUGCAAUAACUGCUUUUGUAUACACUGACAUUUAUUUGUAAGAAGGAAAAAAAAAAAGACCUCAACAAACCUUUUGAAGACUUGUGUCAAAUGACGUCAAUGGCCAGUUUGUUCUCCUUUACUAGCCCAGCUGUAAAGCGUCUGUUGGGCUGGAAACAAGGAGAUGAAGAGGAAAAAUGGGCAGAAAAAGCUGUUGAUGCUUUGGUAAAAAAAUUGAAAAAGAAAAAGGGUGCUAUGGAAGAAUUGGAGAAAGCCUUGAGCAGUCCAGGACAGCCCAGCAAGUGUGUUACUAUCCCCCGUUCUUUAGAUGGGCGACUUCAAGUUUCUCACAGAAAAGGCCUUCCCCAUGUUAUUUAUUGUCGUGUUUGGCGUUGGCCUGAUCUACAAAGCCAUCAUGAGCUGAAGCCAUUGGAUAUUUGUGAAUUUCCUUUUGGAUCUAAGCAGAAGGAAGUCUGCAUCAAUCCAUACCACUAUAAGAGGGUGGAAAGCCCAGUUCUACCUCCAGUGUUAGUGCCUAGACAUAGUGAAUUCAAUCCACAGCACAGUCUACUUGUUCAGUUCAGGAACCUAAGCCACAAUGAACCACAUAUGCCACAUAAUGCGACAUUUCCAGAUUCUUUCCAGCAACCCAACAACACUCCAUUUUCCAUUUCGCCAAAUAGUCCCUAUCCACCUUCUCCAGCCAGCAGCACUUAUCCAAGUUCCCCAGCUAGUUCUGGACCGUCUAGUCCAUUUCAGCUACCAGCUGAUACUCCACCUCCUGCAUAUAUGCCCCCUGAUGAUCAGAUGGGGCAGGAUAAUUCUCAGUCUAUGGAUACAAGCAAUACCAUGAUCCCUCAAAUCAUGCCAAAUAUAUCUACCAGAGAUGUUCAACCUGUUGCCUAUGAAGAACCCAAACACUGGUGUUCGAUUGUGUAUUAUGAAUUAAAUAAUCGUGUUGGGGAGGCUUUUCAUGCAUCUUCUACAAGUGUCUUAGUAGAUGGGUUUACAGAUCCCUCCAAUAAUAAAAACAGGUUCUGCUUAGGUUUGCUCUCAAACGUUAAUCGCAACUCGACAAUUGAGAACACUAGACGACAUAUUGGAAAAGGAGUUCAUCUCUACUAUGUUGGUGGGGAAGUCUAUGCCGAGUGUUUAAGUGACAGCAGCAUAUUUGUACAGAGCAGGAACUGCAACUACCACCACGGCUUUCAUCCAACAACUGUAUGCAAGAUUCCUAGUGGCUGCAGUCUAAAAAUUUUUAACAAUCAGGAGUUUGCUCAGCUUUUAGCUCAAUCUGUCAACCAUGGAUUUGAAGCAGUGUAUGAGCUCACCAAAAUGUGCACCAUUCGAAUGAGUUUUGUAAAGGGAUGGGGAGCUGAAUAUCACCGACAAGAUGUCACAAGCACCCCAUGCUGGAUAGAAAUUCAUCUUCAUGGGCCCCUGCAGUGGCUGGAUAAAGUACUUACACAAAUGGGUUCUCCUCUUAACCCAAUCUCAUCUGUUUCAUAGUGCUGAGAUACUAUCUUCAACAUUAUUUUUAGUGAACUUAUUCUAAUUCUAGAGAAACUUCCAAUGUGGAUACUGUGAGCUAUAUGGAGAAUGGAUUUUACAGUUUAACUUUUUUUUUUUUAAUCCCUUUGUGACCAAUUCCAUUGUGUAUAGCUGAUCAAUUUUCCAUUUCAAUUUGUUCUUGUGAUGCUUAAGUGACGGUUGAGCCCUAAGGGAAAAAAAGUCUAUUGAAAAAUUCAGAACACUUUCCCCCUCCUUCAAGUAGAACUUAAACAGGCAUAUGUCUUAACUGGAAAUUUUUCUCUUUUUGAACUGUAGGGAGAAGAAUUAUGAAGACUGAUUUCAGAAAAUAAAUACAUAUUAUGGUUUUGGGUUUUUUUUAAUGUUUAUAAAACUGAACAUGUGCAGCUCCAGCUAGCAAACUGUAUUUUUAGGGUAGUUGCUUAACAUCUUAAGAUUGACAUCUGUCAUAAGCAAAAUUAGACUUUACAGCUAAUUUGCCUCAAAUUGAACAAUGUGAUUUUUUUUUAAGUGUAUACAUGAAAUAUACUUUUUACAAAUGUUGGAGUGGUUUAAAAAUACUUGUAUUGUCUAUUGGAAAAUGCUGUCAUAAACACACUGUGUAUUAAUGCAGAAUAGCAAAUCUUAGCCUUUUCCCACUUCAAUUUUGUAAUACUGCUUUUAACCACCAUUUUAAAUAGUAAUUGAUACAAGGUAAACAUCUUGCACGUUUCUGGAGUAGUAAUUCUUGUUUUGCUUUGAUUUCCACUCAUGCCAUUUGGAUGUGUUUGCCAAGGCCUAUUUCUUUUUAGGUACCCUUCUCUAUUUUAACAUAAACACUACUAUUUGUAAAUGACAGUUCUUACUACUUUUUGGAAGGAAUAAGGUUGGUUUUUUCUUUUUGAUGUUCUGGCUGUUUAUUUUACCUGUCUGGAAUUAAUCUGUGUUAGGCCUUUUGAUCUCUCAGUAGACAUUAUGCAGUAUUUGUGAUUACACUGUAUUUAAUUCACUUUCAGUAUGAGUUUGAGUCUCUUUGAAGACUGUGAGUGGCUUAGCAAAUUAGUAACUGAGUGCAGAAGCUUUUACUUCUAGAUUGUGUAAUUUAAUACAGAGGUGUUGGUAAUGACCAAAAGUAAUCACUUUUUUGUAGCCUACAUAAAACAGUGGUCUUGAUCUUGUUCAUAAUGGCAAGGGUUCAAUCAGAAGACUCAUAACUAUAAUUGGCAGCUUUAGGGAAUUGAAGGACUGCAUUGUUAUGAUGAUGAAAUUACUCUCACGUAUAAGGAAUCCUAUUGCCUGUAUUGUUGUACUGCUCGGUAGAGGAUUUCAACACUGUACAAAACACUAAAAGAAAUCAACUAAAUAACAUAUGCAUAGUUUUCCCCUUUACGUAAUAAAAAAUAGGAGGCUGAAAGAAGUGUUCUAAGAGCAUUAAGAGUGAAUUAUGUACAAAAUUCCUUUGCAUGCAGAAAAGGACCUGUUGUAUUUUUUAACUCCUUAUUGUCAUAUUUCUUUCCCAAACAUCUUUUCAGAAAAGGUUCAGUGUUUGGGGGAGAGAGGCUGAAAACUCUAAAAUGCAAACGCCUAUUAAAAGAUGCAUUGCAGUUAACUACUGCAAUCCUGAGACAUCGUUUGCUUACACAAGUUCUUGUGUCUUCUGUUGAAUGACAGAAUUCUGCUCAAAUGUGGAUCACAUGGUACCUAAGUAACAAAUCAUCUUAAAGGAAUAAAAUUGUUUACAUGUCGUUAAAAUGUUUCUUAUGAAAUGCCUUAAAGGAAUAAAGAUAAACUGUAACACUUUCUCAGAA